GUUUGAUUCAAUAUCAAUGAAAAGUAACAAAUUUCAAACAUAUUAUUUUUUUUGAAAGAAACAGUAAUAUAAUCCGUCAUUUUGAGCGUAAAUACAGUAUACAAUCUGAAUAUCAACAAGAAUCAAUCAGAUAAGUGUAUGUUGUUUAUUUCACUUUUCUGCUUUACUUAAGUCACCUGUGCAGCGGACAUAGAACUGAGUUAUCAUUUUGCAUACAAAUGACGAUUAUUUCAUUUUUCUUUUUUUUUUUGUCUUAUCUAUAGAUAUAUUCAUGAAGCAAUUUUCAGUCAUAGUUGUCUUUUUUCUGAUAGCUUCAACCCUUGUUGAUGCAAGUUAUUUUUAUCAGACUUUUUUCAACCGUAUUGAGCAAUACCAGUUGAAAAAUGAAAUGCUAAACCAACUCAAUAUACUCACCACAGACCCAGAAGACCGUAAAAAAAAAUGCAAUUCCUGUAUCAAUUUAUUAAAAAUGACAAAACAAUUAUGCCGCUUACCUGAGAGUAUUCAGUUGGCAACGAUGAUGAAUGUGUGCAAACAAGCCAAUGUGGUUGAUAGUGAAGUUUGUGAAGGUAUGGUCAGAGAACAAGGACCUAUUAUUCGUAGGGUUUUAAAGACCAUGGAUGUGGCUGGUCGUGAUGGACAUUUAGCCUGUGCUUCUGUAUUGAAUGCAUGUCCAUAUCCAGAUGUGGACCAAUGGAAAGUACCCUUCCCAAAGCCAAAACCAAAAUAUACUUUUAGACAUAAACCCAGUAACAAGACAAUCGAUGUCGUUCAUUUAAGUGAUUGGCAUGUUGAUCCUUAUUAUGAGGAAGGUACAGAAACAGCAUGUGAUAAACCUAUCUGUUGUCGAAAAGAAUAUACUCGCUUUGACAAUAUCUCAGACAAAGCAUCACCAUGGGGUUCGUUUAACUGCGAUGCCCCUAUUAGUCUGAUUGAAUCCAUGCUGAACUAUAUACCAAGAGCAAGCCCAAAUAUUUCUUUUGGUAUCUUGACGGGUGAUAUUCCUCCUCAUGAAGUAUGGCAAACAUUGCCUAUCAAAAAGACUAGGAUGAUUCAAGAAGCUUCUUAUCUGAUGCUUCAUUCUCAUUUUGACUCGCCCUUCUUUAUUGAUGCUAAACUUUAUCCAGCCGUUGGUAAUCACGAAGCAGCACCUACCAACUUAUUUCCACUCAGAGACUCGAAUUUGCCUAAAGAUGAUCGUCGAGAUGAUUUGACAAUGGAUUGGCUGUAUGAAUCAUUACAAGCCAGCUGGAAGGGAUGGUUGCCUCCUAAGCAUUUAUCUAAUGUCCAUAAGAACAGUGGCAGCUAUGCCAGCCAUCCUUAUCCUGGUCUUAAACUCAUUAGUAUCAAUACGAAUUUCUGUUAUAAUCUGAAUUGGUGGUUAUAUGAACACCCAACAAGAAGAGAUCCUAAUGGUAUCUUGAAGUGGCUAAUUGGUCAAUUACAAAAGUCAGAAGACAAGCGAGAAAGAGUGUGGAUCAUUGGACAUACUCCUCCUGGCGAUGACUCUUGUUUCCAUGACUUUUCAAACUACUAUUACCAGAUUGUAGAAAGAUAUGCCCCUCACGUUAUUGCUGGACAGUUCUUUGGACAUACACACAGAGAUGAAAUACAACUCUUUUACAAAAACAAUGCUUCUCAACAUGCUAAAGAUGCUAUUUCCAUUGGCUAUUUAGCACCUUCUAUCACGCCAUUUCCAGACAUGAACCCCGGAUUCAGAACCUAUACUGUAGACACAGGCACUUUUGAAGUCGUUGAUUCUCAUACAUUUAUUGCUGAUCUUAAUGUAUCUACCGACUGGGAUCAUGGACUUAUGUGGUAUAAAGAAUACUCUGCUCAUGAUCUUUAUGGCUCUACUAAUAACCCAUACAGUCCAUUAUCUCCAUCUUGGUGGCACCAUGUCACUGAGGAGAUGGAAAAGGACGAAAAGAAGUUUGACUUGUAUUGGUCUAAUCGAUACAAAUCAUCCCCGUUGACACCUAAGUGUGACCAAGCAUGUCGUGUCAAUACGAUUUGCGGUAUUCGUGCUGGUAAAUCAGAACUUCGAUGCGACUAUGAACCUUCUGAAUCUACACCAAGAGAUAAGCCAGUCAUUCUAGACCAUAAAGACAAGAAUGCUUGUGGUCUUCACUUAUUGAAAAGACAUUGAUAUGCUGAGAUUUAAGUUUUGUCAUGCACAGCUAUUUUUUUUUUUCAUCUUUUUUCUUUUUCUC